AUGCCAACCCAACAGAAACACGUCGUGUUCGAUGUGGUGGGAACAUGCGUUUCCUUUGACGCAUACUAUAACACUAUCGACAGCGUCAUCGGCGAUAAGUUACGACGACAUACCAUCACUGCCAAACACUUCGGCUUUACGUGGCAGACAGUGGCAGAGCUUGAAUUCACCUUCUUAUCCAUCUCUGAACGCUACAGGCCAUAUAAGGAGGUGAUGCGAGCCAUGUUCUAUCGCUCGCUUUGGUUGGCGGGCGUAAGUGAUCCACAAAGCUUCGCCACCGACGAGCAAAGAGAGAAAUGUAUUGAAGGAUACUCUGCACUAGAAUUACGACCAGGAUGUCGAGAAUGUUUCCAGGUUUUACGCGAUGCCGGAUUCACGGUAUGGUGCUUCACCACCGGCGAUGCUAAACGGGUUCGAGGAUAUUUCGAGCGUGCAGGAGUCGAAAUGCCUCUUGAGAACUUCGUCACCUGUGAUACUGGUGGUGUCGCAAAGCCGGCAUUGGCUGCGUACAGAUCUGUCCUAAAUCAGCUGGGAUCUGAAAGUGAGAGGUGGUUUGCCGCCGCCCAUAUGUGGGACGUCUCUGCAGCGGUCAAGGCUGGAUUCACGGGAGCGUACUGCACUGUUUACGAGUUGGAUCCAUGCAUGGAUAUCUUUGAGGACGAGAUGCAAGUGGUGGAAGAUUCGCUGCCUGAUAUGGCCAAAGCAAUUGUGGCGGCUUCGGCACGCGGUAUUGCAUGCUUGAAAUAA